GAAGCACCGCCUACACCAACCUACGGAUUGGUCAGAUUCAAGGUGGUACAUUCCGGUAUCCCGGCUGUGGCAUCGGCAGGCGGAUUGAUCCAUUAAGCACAGAAGGGGGUUUCGGGCCUAUUCGGGGGGCUGUGUGGAGUUCGCGGAUUCGGUGCAUUUCUAUUUUUUUUUUUGUCUGGUUGUGCUGAACAAGCCGCAAGCAUAAGGGCCGUAAUAGGGGAGGAUGAGGCCGUAGGCGCCGUGAGGAGCACGAGAGGAAGGAAACCAUCUGAGCGCAGAGACAUGGACAGUCAGUGUACUGUUCAGGUGAAGCUGGAGCUGGGACAUCGUGCUCAGCUAAGGAAGAAGCCAACUACUGAUGGAUUUACCCAUGACUGGAUGGUGUUUGUUCGUGGGCCCGAGCAAUUUGACAUUCAACACUUUGUGGAAAAGGUGGUUUUCAGGCUUCAUGACAGCUUUCCCAGACCUAAACGUGUGUGCAAGGAACCCCCUUACAAAGUAGAAGAAUCUGGAUAUGCUGGCUUCAUUUUACCGAUUGAAGUAUACUUUAAAAAUAAGGAAGAACCCAAGAAGGUGUGUUUUACAUAUGAUUUGUUUUUAAACCUGGAGGGAAAUCCACCAGUAAACCAUCUGCGCUGUGAGAAGCUGACCUUCAAUAAUCCAACCAAGGAAUUCCGUAGGAAGCUGCUCAAAGCAGGAGGGGAGGAAAAGAAAAAACAAUUGACUGACCAGACUAUAGGAAAGCACUGUGCUGUGAUGGUGGAGAACAACAUUCAUAGGAAUCAUUUAAAGGUAAUGGUUAUGCCAGAGGGAGCAGAAACUGUAUCAAGACCUAGUCCAGACUACCCCAUGUUACCUACAAUUCCUCUCUCUGCAUUCUCCGAUCCAAAGAAAGCAAAGCCAUCAUCGCAUCCCUCAAAGGAAAGCAGCAAAGACAGCAACAAAGCAUCAAAACCCCACAAAGUAACAAAAGAACAUAGAGAACGAAUGAGGAAAGAUUCAGAAAGUAAAAGCAAGGAGAGUGACAUAAGUAAACCGGUUAAGGAAUCUUCCUCCUCUCGAAAACCAGCCGAGAACAAACCAACUAAAGAAGAAAAAGCACCUGUCAAAGUAGCCUUCAAGGAACAAAAACUGACUCUAAAAGAACCCAAACUGGAGAACAUGUCUCCAAAAGGGGGUCCUUCUGAUGCCAAACCUUCCAGCAAGAGACCACCAAACAUAGACUCUCCAAAAUCUAGCAGUAAAAAGCCAAAAAAAGGCAACUCCAAAGGACUUGCGGUUUCAACAACCUCUCCUCGUGCUCCACCUAAUCCUAGCAACCCAGUCACUUGUUAUACAGAUAAAAAAGUGGUCAAAGAAAAACCAGUAAGCAAAACGGACAGGCCCAAACCGGACCCUGAGGUUAAGAAAGCAGUUGAGGCCGAUGACUCAAACUCUGAUGAGGAAAGAUCAUCAAAAUCAGUGUCCAUCCCAUCUAGCCCAUCAAACAGCAGCUCCACCUCAGACUCCAGCUCUGAGUCCGACUUUGAACCUUCCCAAAACCACAGCCAAGGCCCUUUGCGAUCUAUGGUGGAAGAUCUACAGUCAGAAGAGUCUGAUGAUGACAGCUCAUGUGGGGAAGAGGUAACAUCGAAGAAUAAAACAGCAGGCCGAGAUUCUCGAAUGAGCCUGAGUGACAGCGACAGUGACAGCAGUGAUGACUCCUGUAUUCCUAGUCGUGGCACCACCCCCAUACAGAAGAUGCCUCCAACGAAUAACAAGAACUCUGGCCAUAGAAGUCCCGAGACUUGCAGCAAGUCAGAUAAAAUGCUGAAGAAGGGAGUAUAUGACAAGGCAUACACAGACGAGCUGGUUGAUUUGCACAGAAGACUAAUGGCUCUGCGAGAGAGGAACAUCCUGCAACAGAUCGUUAAUCUUAUAGAAGAAACAGGCCACUUCAAUGUCACAAACACAACUUUUGACUUUGAUCUUUUCUCAUUGGAUGAAACAACUGUUCGCAAGCUACAGAGUUACCUAGAAGCUGGUGCCACAUGACCCUGGGGUUGAAGGGGAAAGUAUGAGAGAGAAGAACAUGCUGUGGGCUGUGUAUUCUUGACAUAAAACCCUUAUUCCUUGACGUUACCAUGGUCAGUGCACAUUUGGAGUUGAUCGGGCUGAACCCAGCAAAUAGGAUCAUCUGUUCUAGACUAUUCCUGCAGUGCAGUGUGCUGCCUUUUACGAAGUGACAUAUUUUACCAGAAAUUUUAAACCCAUAUUUUUUUCCAUUCACACUACAUCUAUAAAUCUGCACUGAAAACACUACAGCUUCUACAAGUUAUGUAAGAGAGUGGUGUAGAAAUGGUUAAAACUCUAUUGCUCAUGGACCUUUGGCAGUGCAUGCUUUUAAGAUGUCUUUAGAGAAUCGGAGGUGAAAUAAGAGUGCUUCAUUUACAGGUUUAUUGAUUCAUGCAACUUUUGUUUUUCUUUAGAAAUCUAAAAGACAUGGUCUGUAAAUCUUGGCAUUUUUUUUGAAGCUUUCUAUCAACUUUCUUCUAGAGCAAUCUGCUACUAUUUCAUGCUUUCUAGUUCAGAGUAACCAAAUUAUCAACAUUUUGGGGAAGAAUGUCCUAUAAUAUUUCAGUGCCAGAAAAGCAUUUAAGCAUUUCAAUGGUAAUGCCAUUCUCGAUCUUUUAUUUUUUAUUUUUUUUGCCACUGGAAAAUGGGGAAAAAAAUUGGUGGAAGGUAUAGUUGAAAGCUGAUGGAACGCUCCAAAUUUGCCAGAAAAUUGCAAAGUGUGUGGCCAGCAUUAGUGAUCUUUGGAGACCAGAGUUGAAAAACAAUGGGGUGGAUUUACUAAAGGCAAAUAGACUGCACUUUGCAAGUGGAUUUGCUUAGUUUAGUAAAUGAGGGGGA